CCUCAACACAACCAAACGGUCAAACUCCCAUCUAACACACACACACACACACACAAACACAGAGAGAAGUUUAAACAGAAGAAAAAUGGGUUCCAUCUUCCAACGAAAACCCAUCUCUCCUAUGGCAAUUCCAUGCCUAAUAAUCUUCUUCUUUCUGAUCUCUAUGUCAACCCCAUCUGCGGCGCUGACGGCAUACGAAGCUCUUGAAGAAUACGACUUCCCAGUCGGCAUUCUUCCCAAAGGCGUAUUGGGCUACGAACUUGACAGCUCAACAGGUAAAUUCUCAGUGUAUCUCAACGGUACAUGUACUUUCACCAUUGAUUCUUACGAGCUCAAGUACAAGUCGACGAUAACGGGAGUGAUAGCAAAAGACAAGAUCUCAAGCUUGAGUGGCAUCAAAGUUAAGGUACUCCUCUUCUGGCUCAGCAUUGUCACAGUCACUCGUGAAGAUGAUGAGCUUGCAUUCUCUGUGGGGAUCGCUUCUGCAGAUUUUGCUGUCAUUAAUUUCGAAGAGAGCCCGACCUGUGGAUGUGGGUUUGAUUGUGUUAAUCUUGUGAAAGGAAGGAAGAUUAAGCCCACUAAUCUUGUGUCAGCUUGAGCUUUAAGAUAAUUAAAUAACAUGAUAAUUAUUAAUUACCAAUAAUUAACCAGGUUAGCAAUCUGUAUGCUUAUGUACUUUGUCUUGAUGUACAUUUUGAUCUCUGAAAUGGGUUUUUUUUUUUGUUUUCUUGAUAUGUUUUGAAUUUGUGCAUCUUGUUCGUAUGAGUUUGUGUUGGUUGAAUUAUUGUUUGUAAAGCAUUUUG